UACAAAAGUAAUAAUUCAAAAGCUAAUUAAUCCACAUCACAAAAGCAUAUUUAACUCUCUCUUUUUUUGACAACUAUUUAACUUUUAGCCAAUUUCUUUUAGCUAAUAUUUAAAAGUUGAGAUAAAUAUAAAAUUAUAUAAGCUUUCUUCGCCGGUCACAACCUUCAUCGAAAAAUGGAGAUCACAAACGUUACCGAGUAUGAAGCGAUUGCAAAGGAGAAGUUGCCUAAGAUGGUAUACGACUACUAUGCCUCUGGAGCAGAGGAUCAAUGGACUCUUCAAGAGAACAGAAACGCUUUUGCAAGAAUCCUCUUCCGGCCUCGGAUUCUGAUUGAUGUGAGCAAGAUUGAUAUGACAACUACAGUCUUGGGUUUCAAAAUUUCGAUGCCCAUCAUGGUUGCUCCUACUGCCAUGCAAAAGAUGGCUCACCCAGAAGGGGAAUAUGCUACGGCUAGGGCUGCUUCUGCUGCUGGAACCAUCAUGACACUAUCGUCAUGGGCUACUUCCAGUGUUGAAGAAGUGGCUUCCACAGGGCCCGGGAUUCGAUUUUUCCAGCUUUAUGUGUACAAGAACAGGAAUGUGGUUGAGCAGCUGGUGAGACGAGCCGAGAGGGCUGGAUUCAAAGCCAUUGCUCUCACUGUGGACACCCCAAGGCUAGGUCGUAGAGAGUCUGAUAUCAAGAACAGAUUCACUUUGCCCCCAAACUUGACAUUGAAGAACUUUGAAGGUCUUGAUCUUGGAAAGAUGGACGAGGCCAAUGACUCUGGCUUGGCUUCAUAUGUUGCUGGUCAGAUUGACCGUACCUUAAGCUGGAAGGAUGUCCAGUGGCUCCAGACAAUCACUAAAAUGCCAAUUCUUGUCAAGGGUGUUCUUACAGGAGAGGAUGCAAGGAUAGCGGUUCAAGCAGGUGCAGCAGGGAUCAUUGUGUCAAACCAUGGAGCUCGUCAGCUUGACUAUGUCCCAGCCACAAUCUCAGCCCUUGAAGAGGUUGUCAAAGCGACACAAGGACGAAUCCCUGUCUUCUUAGAUGGUGGUGUUCGACGUGGAACUGAUGUCUUCAAGGCACUUGCACUUGGAGCCUCAGGGAUAUUUAUUGGAAGACCAGUGGUAUUCUCACUGGCUGCUGAAGGAGAGGAUGGAGUCAGAAAGGUGCUUCAAAUGCUACGCGAUGAGUUUGAGCUGACAAUGGCACUAAGUGGCUGCAGGACUCUCAGUGAAAUCACCCGUAACCACAUUACCACCGAAUGGGACACCCCACGCCCUCUGGCCAGGUUAUAGAGAGACCAAAACAACCAGAGAGCAGCAAUAACACAGAACAUGUAAUGAAUAAAGUUUCUCAUAUUAUGAAGUCGUCACUUGGCUUUCUACUUUUAAAGACUUGUUUUUCCCUAUGUCCAAUCACAAACCAUCCCAAGAGAUUCUGUAAUAUUAUUUUGCUUCUUCUACCUA